AUGAGACUCUAUGGCCGUUUGAGAAGCGAUAGGGUAGAAAAUCUUAUCAAGGCAUCGUUAGGCGUUGAAAGAGAUCUAUAUUUGGGCAACAGAGAACUCGUGGCGGUUGAAAACGAUAAGAACACCGAGAUUCCACUCAACACUGACUGGGCAUUUCUAGAGUCACGGAUUUCUAUAGGGUCAUACGACGCAUCCAAGGAAGCUGAGCAGCGUUACCAGAGCGACCCGUUUUAA